UCUCAGCGGGGAGAGGAGGGCGUGAGGGGCAGCAGGACGUGUCUCUCUCUGCCUCUCACCCAGAGCACCUCGCAGGGGCUUAGCGGACGCGAGGGGUGCGAAUGGGCAGAGCAGAAUCUCCAGAAGGGAAAAUGAGCAUCCAGGAUCCUUCAGAUCUGUGGAGCAGGUCGGACGGAGAAGCUGAGCUGCUCCAGGACUUGGGGUGGUACCAUGGUAACCUCACCCGACAUGCAGCCGAGGCUCUUCUCCUCUCCAAUGGAUGCGACGGGAGCUACCUUCUGCGGAACAGCAAUGAAAGGACAGGGCUGUACUCUCUCUCUGUGAGAGCCAAAGACUCCGUCAAACACUUUCACGUUGAAUAUACUGGAUAUUCAUUUAAAUUUGGCUUUAAUGAAUUCUCAUCUUUGAAAGAUUUUGUCAAGCAUUUUGCAAAUCAGCCUUUGAUUGGAAGUGAGACAGGCACUCUGAUUGUUCUGAAACAUCCCUAUCCAAGAAAAGUGGAAGAACCAUCCAUUUAUGAAUCCGUCCGGGUUCACACAGCAAUGCAGACGGGAAGAACAGAAAACGACCUCGUGCCCACUGCCCCUUCUCUGGGCACCAAAGAAGGUUACCUCACCAAACAGGGGGGGCUCGUCAAGACCUGGAAAACGAGGUGGUUCACUUUGCACAGAAAUGAACUGAAAUACUUCAAAGACCAGAUGUCACCAGAACCAAUUCGGAGCCUAGAUUUAACAGAAUGUUCGGCUGUACAAUUUGAUUAUUCACAGGAAAGGGUGAACUGUUUUUGCUUAGUAUUUCCAUUCAGGACAUUUUAUCUCUGUGCAAAGACAGGAGUAGAAGCUGACGAGUGGAUCAAGAUAUUACGCUGGAAGUUGUCUCAAAUAAGAAAACAGCUUGAUCAAGGGGAAGGCACAAUCCGAUCUCGGUCAUUCAUCUUUAAAUAGACAGACCUUCCUCGAUGAGGGAUGCCCUGACCCAGAAGCAGAGUGGAAUGUUCCUGAUGUUGUGAUCCACAGCAGGUUUCAGAUGAAAGCUAAGGAUUUUUCUGUAGAAACAAAUCAAAAGCAGAUGCGGAUUUGGACCUCUCAGAAGACACCACAUUUGCUGACUCACAGAAGACUGCUGCCCUUCAAGAUCCUGCCAUGUCCCUGAGAAUACCGAAGGCUCCUUGUUCUGAUGGAGACGGAUGAACCACUGCGACCAGGUGUGCUCGAUCUUAGAACACGUGAUGGGAGAUGGUUUUUGUUUUCCCUCAUUGUUGUCCCCAAGCUGGUUGACAUUAGUUACCCAAAGUCCCACUCUGCACCAGGGUCAACUCAUCUGACUUCCAAGUUGUGCUAUUAUCCAGGAAGGAAACAGCUAUAUAUGUAGCCCGAGGUUUAGACUGCUUUUCAGAAAGUGUAUUGGGAUAGCAAAUGUCCAAGAUUGGGGCAGAGGAGCAGUGUUGUUUUUACUUUUUUUCCCCUUUAUACAAAAAACAAAACAAUUUCCAAAACUAAAAUGGAAAAUGUUUGUAGUAUUUAUUUUCUCUUUGUAAAAGGCUUAGAUAUCUACCGGGUCCUUUCUUCCCCUCUAAUGAUAAACCUGUGAGAACUAUAUCUCCUAUGGGCUAUUGGGUAAGAUGAUAAGGAUAAUGGAAGGUACAAUCUUAAAAAAGCAUCUCUUUUAGUCAUUUUGGGGGAAAUGCUUUAAAGAGUGAGAAAACAUAAAUUGAGGAAGAGUGAUAAAGUAGUAACUUGUAGUUUAAUAAUAAUUAUCACGAUAAUUAUAACAAUAAUAGAGCACUUGUAAGCACUAAGUUAUCUUCAUCCAACACUUCUCAAACAGACUGAAAGAAACUUUCAAAGUAGAGUGUGUUAUAACAAUCCCUUCCCCAGAGUGAGAGGGAGGUAUUUGCCCAAGAAAAGAAAGAUGUACCUUGCACUGCACGGAGCACCCUACACCUUAUUCAAGAGGAACUUCUUUUGUCUAUUGAGGGAGUAACACUAAAUCCACGUGCAAAGGGUAAUGCUGUGUUUGUUACACAGCAUUUUCAAGCCAGAACAAGGGGAUUGAAAUAGGGGGAUGAGAUACUGGCAUCCAGAGCUCCUAAAUAGAUUUUAACCCCUUCUAUUAUCUUUAUUAAUACUGCUUUUUUAGACUGAAGUUUGAAGGGAGACAAAAGUGGAGGAAGAGCCCCAAAAAAAGGUUGUGGAGCAAAGCUAUGAUACGACGCUGCUCUUGCAGUCCAAAGGGCUACCUUGUUGAAUACGUUUCUUCUGUUAUUUAAACACCUAGGACUCAGAAAUUACAUUAAAUUUUUGUAUGUUUCAACAAGGUUUUUAAUGUAUUUUGUAAUGUUUGUAUCAUACGGAAUAUAGCAAAUGUCAAGUUAAAAUGUAUUGUGUUGGGCUUCCCUGGUGGCGCAGUGGUUGAGAGUCCGCCUGCCAAUGCAGGGGACGCAGGAUCGUGCCCCGGUCCGGGAAGAUCCCACAUGCCGCGGAGCGUCUGGGCCCGUGAGCCAUGGCCGCUGAGCCUGCGCGUCCGGAGCCUGUGCUCCGCAGCAGGAGAGGCCACAGCAGUGAGAGCCCCGCGUGCCGCAAAAAAAAAAAAAAAAAAAGUAUUGUGUCAAGUUUGCAAAGUAAGGAGUUAGACAUAAAUCUUCACUGAGACGUACAGUUUUGUUUUGUUUUCUUAGAUCCAAGGGUGUUGUGUAGGUAACAUUGUUUUCAUUUUUUGUAAAAUAUGUCAUGUUUAUUUACAUUCUUUGGUUAUGUUUAUUAAAAACAGCAUGAUUUUGCUGUGCCUGUAAUAUUUUGCUACUAAAGUGUUUUUAAUAACUGUAAUUUAAAAGAAAUAUAACCAAUUAAUAUCAUAAAUAGCAAUGAAGAGUCCACUUUGGUUAGACUA